CCUCCCAAUCCGGUUAACGACUGUUAUGUGGCGAACGUCACACUCACCGCACUAUUACUCCACUGCACGGCCGGCGACAACGGCGGACUCCGGCAAACAUUUCACCUCCAGGUCUACAACGACGACAAACACCAAUUGCACACCAAUUUGACAUCGUUUGAAUCGCCCGUCUUUCACAUCAAAGACUUACCCCCAGCGACCGAUUUCACGCUCAAUGUGUACGCGUCCAACGCUAAGGGCAAGAGUGACUCCAUUGCCAUCAACUCAGCCACCGCUCACAUGCCUGAACGUCACGCCCGCAAAGACGGCUCUAAUGACGUGCCCAUCAGUCCAAUAAUCGGUGUCCUCAUCGGCAUUAUAGCAUCGCUUACAUCAAUACAAAGCCACCCCCGGCCGCCCAAACCCGGCACCGGUAGCUGCUACGAUGCUAAAGGCGCAGGGCUCUUUUUGUUUGCCGAUAAUAUUGUGCGCCCAACACAACACAGUGCCAUAAUUACCCCGAUUGUGGGGCACAUAGGAGGCCACACUCUGCGAGCCGUUAAUCACAUACGACUUCAUCUCAAACGAGUCCACAGUGUUGUUGAAAAGCCACCGGAAAGUCAUGUCGGCGUUGGGCUCGGCGUCCGCAUCACAGGUGAUGUUCACGCGUUCAUUGCGGGCCACGCCGUAGAUAAUGGUCUGUCCGGGUCGGCACACCGGCGCGACUGCACAUCAUUGCGCAAAAUAAACACCAAAAUUACAGAAUAUUCCGCACAUUAUACA